AUGGAGAGAAGCUCAUCAUCCCUUGCUCUGCCCCAACGGCGAGCAGAAUGUGAUCACACCGUGUUCUGCAUCCAUAAGGGAGUCAAGGCGUUCUCCUUCUGCAGGAGAAAAAACCUGCUGGUGACAGGUGGGGUGGAUCGAAUCGUCAGGGUCUGGAAUCCUUACCUGCCAGGAAAACCAACAGGUAUUCUGAGAGGCCACAUGGCUCCUGUGGUCUACGUACACGUAUCUUUUGAAGAAAACAAAGUGUUUUCCAUGUCUGCUGACAACUCCGUCAAGAUCUGGGAUCUGGAGACCCAUGGUUGCUGCUUUACAGCCUCUUCCAAAGCCAGUGGCAUCAAGGGUGAACUUGCAGCCUGCCUCUACCUCUCUGGACCUAGAGCCCUGUGUGUGGCCACAGAUGCCCUGGCUUUUCUUCACCUGAAAGUAGGAUCUGACCCAGAACCCCACCUAGUGCGUUCCCACCAAGAGCCUGUGGUAUGCUGCAGGUACAACCCAGCCUUCAGGCAUGUGGUCAGCUGCUGUGAAGCAUCCGUAGUGAAAGUGUGGGACUUUGAGACAGGAAGACAGGUGUCCGAAUUUAUUGGGACUCAUGGCAAUGCCGGUGUCACCUGUCUGACCUUUGACUCCAGCGGAAGAAGGCUCGUGACUGGGGGCAGAGAUGGCUGUCUGAAGAUAUGGAGCUACAACAGUGGACACUGUCUCCACACGCUUCAGCACGAUGAAAACCGAAGUGAGGUCUGUGAUUGUACCUACAUGGAGGUGAAUCAAAACAGGUGUGUCAUAGCUGUUGGAUGGGACAGAAGAAUAAAUGUAUAUUUUGACAUACCUGGUGAUUUUCAUCAUUUCUGGAAGCCUCAACCCCGCUGGCAGGAUGACCAGAACCAUGGGCACAAAGAAGACAUCCUCUGUGUGGCUCAGUGCCCACCUUUUCUUCUGGCCACCUCCAGUUAUGAUGGAGAGAUAAUAGUUUGGAAUGUCGUCUCGGGCCACAUGUACUGCAAGCUGAACCCUUCCAGCCCCGUGGAUGAAGGCCCAGACAGAAGUGUUUCCCGACUCGCCUUCCUAAAGACUCGGGCAACAAAGUUGGACUCAGCAGCUGCCUCCCUCAUCAGCAAUGGGCCCGGAGGUUCCGUUGCUUUCUGGAAGCUCUUUAGUGGGGCUGGCCUCCUUGCGAACUUCGCUCCGUCCAGAGGGAAAGCCCAGGUGAGCAGCAUUGUGCUGACAGCAGGAGACACCCUCGCCUACCUGGCUGACCAGCAAGGCUUUGUACAUGUCUGCGACAUCCGGGAAUAUGGCCUCCAGGGACCAGAGCUGCAGGCUCCCAACACAGUGACAUCCUGGAGGGCUCAUGUCAGCAUGGUGACAUCUCUGGAGCUGAUUGAAGGAGAUAACAUCUUACUGUCAUCUUCCUUGGACAGCACUGUGCGCCUGUGGAGCAAAGAUGGUGCUUACAUAGGGACCUUUGGGCAGAAUCACCCCUGGGAUGUUUUUACCCCUGCCUCCUGGAGUCACCCAAGAGUCCCCUUUGAGGUUCUGACAGACCCUCAGAGCAUGCCCACCCACCUAGUACUGGAAACAGAUGUUGCUGCUGGGUGCUCAGGAGGACGGCAGGAGCAGGACAGCUUAAUGGAGGAGAAGGUACUGUUUGAGACUGAAAAGACCCCUAACCUCCCCUCCCUAGAAGGUCCUGUCGCUGAAGCAGAGGCGAAAGAAGAUAAAAGCCGAUGGUCUGCAUUUUGCCGCGGCAGACUGCUGCCAGCCAAAAGAAAGCCUCACUGGAAGAUGCCUGAGCUUAAAUGGCCCAGCAUUUACCAGGCCCUCCAAUGCCACGAGGUCGCCUGUGUGUCUGCUCCUGGGGAGAAGCCAGAUCUGUCCAUCAUUGGUGCAGAUGCGUUCACCCUCAGUUUCCACAGCCAGGAAUGAGAAGCAGAGCUGCUGGGGAGGAAGGAACUCUCACCCUGGGGCAGUUUCUUGCCCAAGUGCUAA